ACCCAGCGAUAUGCAAAAUUCUCAGCUGCAAAACUGAAGAAAAUUGAAAGAAAUCCCAAAAGUCCAAAAUGUCGGAGACGAAGGCCGAGAGCAAGAGCAAAAACCCUAAGAAGGUCAAUCUCUCAGAUCAGAGCUCCAUCAAGCACCUCCUCGACGAGUCCGUCUCCGAGAUUGUUAAGAGUCGCGGGUAUGUGGAGAAUACGAGGCUGAGUAACUUGAAGUUGUUGAUUGGAACCGUUGUGAUAAUCAUUGCUUUGUUUGCUCAGUUCUACAACAAGAAAUUUCCGGAGAACCGAGAUUUCCUGCUUGGAUGCAUUGCAUUGUAUGUCAUCGUUAAUGGGAUAUUGCAGCUGGUCUCAUACACGAAGGAGAAAAAUGCAAUCUUGUUCACUCAUCCUCCUGCGGGGGCCUUUAGCACCGGGUUGGUGGUGUCUUCCAAAUUACCAAGAUUUUCUGACUUGUACACGCUUACAGUAGCCAGUGCAGAUCCAGAAUCAAUAUCUGCAAACAAACCGGUGGAAUUCACAAAGAGCGUCACUCAGUGGUUUACCAAGGAUGGAGUGUUGGUGGAAGGCCUUUUCUGGAAGGAAGUAGACGGACUCAUCAACGAGUAUGCAAAAGAACCGAAGAAAAGCAAGUGAAUUCUGGCUUUUCAGGGAACUUCAUUUGUUGUGAUUUUGGUAAAACCUCUUGGUAGUCAUGCACUUGAAUGAAUUUGAAAGACAGUUUACACCAUCCUUUAUAAUGAUCGCUCGGGUUCCAACUUCCAAGCUUAUUUAUGAAAGUGCCUUUGUGUUUGUUAGAUAUCAUGAAAUUGUGAGCUCUGAAAUUACUAGUGUUCUUUUUUCGUGUUUGUAAACUUUUAUUUUGCUUUUUGUUCAUAGUUUCGUUUAGCAGAAAAAGUUAAAAGUGCUUAUUCA